AUGGGCACUGGAAACCAGCAGAGACGAAGGAACAACUUGAAGCAGUCAAGAAGAUGGCAGUCAACAGACGCAUCAGCUGCUCUUACGAACCCUAAGAUAGCUGGAAUCGUGGACCAAAUAUCUCAAUUGACAUUGCUGGAGACUGCUGAUUUGGUUGCGAGCUUGAAGUCCCGACUCAACAUUCCCGACAUGGCCUUCGCCGCUCCAGCAGCAGCCUCUGGUGCAGGCGCCGCAGCAGCUCCGGCCGCCGAGGCAGAGCCCGAAGAAGCAGCGCCUGCACCCGCCGAGAAGACGAUGUUUACUCUGAAACUUGAGUCAUUCGACGCAGCCGCCAAACCCAAGGUCAUCAAGGAGGUGAAAGGCCUACUCGGGCUGUCACUUGUUGAUUCGAAGAAGUUCGUGGAGAGCGCGCCAAAGCAGAUGAAGGAGGGUGUACCGAAGGAGGACGCAGAGAAGAUUGUUGCGGCUAUGAAGGCUUUGGGCGCCGUUGUCUCGAUGUCGUGA